UUUGCCUUCGGCCCAACCCAGAAGGGUUGACCCCAAAGGGACAAACCCCUUUGGUGGGCUCUAUGUCAGCCACACCGGACACGACUCCUCACCGCCUCCUCUAAAGAAACAAGCGAGCAGCAAAGGAUUUGUGUGCAGUGGGAGAGUUCUCCACACCCGAGGCCAGAGAUGGCUGUGUUGCGCGCUGGCAAAAGUCUCCAGACCCUUCUUCUAUGCUGCACAUUAAUCUGCUCCUAUUCUGGUGCUGUAAGCAACUCAUCACAGAAUCAGACCCUGCAUCAGGUGAGCGGGAUCCUGGGACGAUCCGUCUUGCUUCCUGCCAAUGUCUCAUCAGCAGAACGAUGGGCCUUCAUUGAGUGGAACUUUCAGUGGAACGGCAUAAGGGUGCAGAUUGCUAAGUUCAGGAAACAGAAGCUGGAGCGGCCAGAUCCAAAUGACAGGUUUGGGCAGAGGAUAGAAAUUGCCAAUGAAUCCACACUGAGGAUCAAAGAUCUGGAGAUGGAGGACAGUGGAAUAUAUGGAGUUCGUGUGACAUUCAGUACAGGAACGUUGAAAGAUCAUAAACUCUGCCUCACUGUAUAUGAGCCGAUCCCAGAGCCAAAGAUUCUCCACAAAGAUGUCUCCAAGACUCCAGAUGGUUGUAAUGUGACCCUACAGUGCCAGGUGCCUGGAAAGAGGGGAUUUGAUGUAUCCUGGAAAAGAGGGGACCCCCUUAGGGACUUAGAAGAUGGGUCAGACAGGUACCACCUCACAGAGAACGGCACAGAUCUCCACCUGUUCUGGAAGCUCAACUCUUCAGAGCCCACCUACACCUGCCUGGUCACCAAUCCAGCCGAACAGAGGAGCAACUCCUUCAACUUGCUUGACGUCUGCAAAACCCACAGUAGCUCUGGAUCAUCCAUGUCAGGUCCUUCACUCUGGUUCGUUGUCACUGUGCCUCUCCUUGUGAUGGUAGCAGGUUUGGGGUUCUGGCUAUGGAAGAAAAGCAGGACAGCUCUAUCUGAAAGAGCCGUGGCCUCUGUGAGAGGAGAGGAGGGGUACGUCAGUCCUGGGCUUCACUAUGCAGAGUUCCCCAAAAGAUGGAUCCCUUCAGAAGGGGGUGAGAGCCAGGAAGUCAGUCAUCUCUCUGCAACCCCAGACCAGAAUCCUGAAACAAAUUCUCCAACUAUCUACAGCCAGAUCCAAACAGAUCACUGAAACAAGGUCAAGCUUCAAUUAUUGGGAGCAAAGGUUGACUGGGCCUUCUUCCAUUGUCUCAGCCCUGGAACAGAGAGCUUUUGUGGGGUAGAUCUGAAUGGAGAGCUGGUGGUCUAGUGGGCAAAAGGUAGACUGGGAUCUAGUGGUGGAUCUCUGGGUGAACAGCAAUGGAUCAAAAAGGAUUUCUCUGACUCCCAGUUGUUUGACGACAGCAACAACAAAAAGACCAAAUGGACAGCCUGAUGGAGUAGAGGCCCACAGAGAUCAGGAUUUCUAUAGCUUCUCAGCCAGAGCAUUGGACAACCAACUGUCAUUCAACCUGACCUACCUCACAGUACUGUUGCAAGAAGAGAUGUUGUUGGUGUCCAGCUGUCUUGAGAGACAAUGGAGUGCACCUCCGGGGGUGAAGUCACAUCACUAUGUUAACAGCACCAAAGUGACUUCUCUGGGGUGCAAGCCUGGGCAGUGCAUAUGGAGGUCAUGGGCUGCCCAGAUGAAUAGACACCCCUCUCAGGUCCAAAGAAGAGCAUAGCAAUAAUCUUCUUAAAACUACAGUCCCAGGGAAAAAAGGUUGCAAGAACAUAGUUGUUACUGAUCCCUUCUUUCUUAUAAAUGUUAAAAUAAACUUUUGCAAUGGCUCAGUU